CCCGAGAGAGAGAGACACACACACACAUAUACAGAGGUAAGGGAAAGAGAAAAAGGAGGAAUAACUAGUUGCAAAGAGGACAUUUUCUGCCUUUAACGGGUCUGGAAGUCAUAACGGUGCGCCUGGGAGACAGGAAUUAGGGCUGAAGUUAUCUCAAACCGGUUAAACUGGAUCUCAGAGACGGUCACCGUGUUAUAUAAUCCCGGGUGAAAGUGCCAGUUAACAGACUCUGUGGAGUGCAGAGCCGAGGCAGAGCCGCGUCGUCAUAUCCACUCACUCAGACAUUUCAAACAUGAGGCAUUUGUUCCUGUUGUGGAGUUAAGCGAAGCUGCCAGGUCUGAGCAGGAUCCACCCGAGCCAGCCGUCUGCGAUAUUUACACAGGUUUCUCGUCCUUACUCGAAGCCGAGCCACGAUGUACGGUAGCGCCCGCUCGGUGGGUAAACCGGAGGGCAAUCAGAGCCCCGGACGCUCCCCGCGCCUGCCCCGCUCCCCUCGCUUGGGCCACCGGCGCAACAACAGCACGGGAGGCAGCGGUGGUAAAACGCUCUCCAUGGAGAACAUCCAGUCUCUCAACGCUGCCUACGCCACCUCCGGCCCCACGUACCUGAGUGACAACGACGCGACCGCGCCUUCCUCCAUCUCGAUCUCGGACAUGCCGAAGAGCACCAUGACCCUGGGCCGCUCGGGCACCCGGCUGCCCUACGGCACGCGUGCCACGGUGAUGGGCAGCAGCCCCAACAUCGCCAGCGACUCCAUCGCCUUCGGGGAUCACCACGUGCCUGCAGCCAUGGCGUCCACCGUGCCGCACUCGCUGCGCCAGGCCCGCGACAACACUAUCAUGGACCUGCAAGCGCAGCUGAAAGAGGUUUUGCGCGAGAACGAGCUCCUGCGCAAGGAGGUGGACGUCAAGGAGAGCAAGCUCAGCUCGUCCAUGAACUCCAUCAAGACGUUCUGGAGCCCAGAGCUGAAGAAAGAGCGCGCCCUGCGCAAGGACGAGGUCUCAAAGAUAGCCGUGUGGAAGGAGCAGUACCGCGUGAUGCAGGAUGAGACGCAGCACCUCCAGAUGACCAUCCAGGCUCUCCAGGACGAGCUCCGGAUCCAGCGCGACCUCAACCAGCUGUUCCAGCAGGACUGCAGCGGGUCGCGGCCGGGCGAGCCGUUCUCGGCCGAGCUUACCGAGGAGAACUUCCACCGGCUGCAUGGCGAGCAUGAGAGGCAAGCCAAAGAGCUGUUUCUCCUGAGGAAGACCCUGGAGGAGAUGGAGCUGCGCAUCGACACGCAGAAACAGACGCUGAACGCGCGGGACGAGUCCAUCAAGAAGCUGCUGGAGAUGCUGCAAAGCAAAGGACUGUCGGCUAAAGUCAGCGAGGAGGAGCACGAGCGCACGCGGCGCCUCGCCGAGGCCGAGAUGCACAUCCACCAUCUGGAGAGCCUGCUGGAGCAGAGGGACAAGGAGACGAGCGCACUCAGAGAGGACGUCCAUCGACGCUACGAGGGAGCGCCUGAUUCUGCCAAGACCAAAGCCCUGCAAACCGUCAUCGAGAUGAAGGACUCGAAGAUCAGCUCCCUGGAGCGCAGUCUGAGGGACCUGGAGGAGGAGGUUCAGAUGCUCAAGUCUAAUGGAGCUCUGAGCACGGAGGAGCGUGAGGAGGAGAUGAAGCAGAUGGAGGUCUAUCGCAGUCACUCCAAGUUCAUGAAGAACAAGGUAGAGCAGCUGAAGGAGGAACUGUCUCACAGCGAGGCCAAGGCCGAGGACCUGCGAAAGCGAACGGCUGAGCUGCAGCGGGAGCUCUCUGCAAUCGACCAGGUGAAGCAGGACCUCUCCAGGAAGGACACAGAGCUCCUGGGCCUGCAGACCAAACUCGAGACGCUCACCAACCAGUUCUCAGACAGCAAGCAGCAUGUCGACGUCCUCAAAGAGUCUCUCACUGCCAAAGAACAGCGAGCUGCCAUUCUACAGACCGAGGUGGACGCCCUGCGUCUGCGGCUGGAGGAAAAGGAAGCCAUGCUGAAUAAGAAGACGAAGCAGAUCCAGGAGAUGUCCGAGGAGAAAGGCACACUCGGUGGAGAAAUCCACGACCUCAAAGACAUGCUCGAUGUCAAAGAGCGCAAAGUUACCGUGCUCCAGAAAAAGAUCGAAAACCUGCAGGAGCAGCUGAGAGAUAAGGAGAAGCAGAUGAGUAGCCUGAAAGAGAGGGUCAAAUCCCUGCAGGCCGACACCUCCAACACAGAUACAGCUCUCACUACGCUCGAAGAGGCGCUGGCUGAGAAGGAGAGAAUUAUUGAGCGUCUGAAGGAGCAGAGGGACCGAGAUGAGAGGGAGAAGACAGAAGAGCUGGAAACCAGCAGGAAAGAACUGAAGGAGCUGAAGGAGAAAGUCAACCUGCUGCAGGGAGACCUAUCUGACCGUGAGACAUCUUUGUUGGAUCUGAAGGAGCACGCCUCAUCCCUGGCCUCAUCGGGUUUGAAGAAAGACUCCAAGCUCAAGAGCCUGGAGAUUGCACUUGAGCAGAAAAAAGAGGAGUGUAUCAAGCUGGAGAGUCAGCUCAAGAAGGCUCAGACGGCGGCUGCAGAGGCUCAGGCCAACACGGAGCUGUCGGAGCGCAUCAGCGGCCUGGAGCAGGAGGUGAUCCGCCACAGGGAGGAUGCUGGGAAAGCCCAGGCCGAAGUGGAUCGUCUACUGGAGAUCCUCAGAGAGAUGGAGAACGAGAAAAACGACAAAGACCGCAAGAUCAUCGAACUCGAGAGGCAGAUGAAGGACCAGAGCAAGAAGGUGGCCACUCUGAAACACAAGGAGCAAGUGGAGAAGAACAGGAACGCCCAGCUGAUGGAAGAGGCCCGAAAGCGAGAGGACAACAUCACCGAAAGCUCUCAGCAGGUCAAGGACUCGCUGAAGCAGAAAGACGAGCGAAUCGAGGAACUGGAAGAGGCGCUACGUGAGAGUGUCCAGAUCACUGCGGAAAGAGAGAUGGUGCUGGCUCAAGAGGAAGCCGCGCGCACACAUGCAGAGAAGCAGAUGGAGGAGCUGCUAGGAGCGAUGGAGAAAGUGAAGCAGGAGCUGGAGUCCAUGAAAGCCAAGCUUUCGUCCACGCAGCAGUCCCUGGCGGAGAAGGAGGCCCACCUGACCACACUGAGAGCCGAGCGCAGGAAGCACCUGGAGGAGGUUCUGGAGAUGAAACAGGAGGCGCUACUGGCGGCCAUCAGCGAGAAGGACGCCAACAUCGCCCUCCUGGAGCUGUCCUCCUCUAAAAAGAAGAAGACUCAGGAUGAAGUGGCUCUGCUGAAGAGGGAGAAAGACCGACUGGUGCAUCAGCUCAAACAGCAGACGCAGAACCGGAUGAAACUGAUGGCCGAUAAUUACGAGGACGACCACCUGAAAGCUUCUUCAAAUUCAGAUCAGAGUAAUCACAAACCCUCUCCAGAUCAGAUUAUUCCCCCGCUCAUAGACCUCAAUCAGAACCGCAGCAAGCUGAAAUUGUACAUUGGCCACCUCACAGCCCUUUGUCAUGAGAGAGACCCUCAGAUCUUGCAGGACCUGGCUCCACCCUCAGCUUACCACCGCAGCCAGAGGGACGCCUGGGAGGAGGAGCUACAGAAGAUGAGCAUGGAGGAGCUGGAGUCGGAGCUGGAGCAGUGCGAGCGAGAGAGCGCCGAGCUGCAGGAGUACGCCAACUCGGUCCUGCAGCAGAUCGCAGACCACUGCCCCGACAUCCUGGAGCAGGUCGUGAACGCACUGGAGGAGUCCUGCUGAACGCGCCACACACUCUUCCACUUUUUUUUUCUUUUCUUUUUUUUUUUAUUGGGAAAUCCAGACCUGCGUCCGGCCUCCUGUCUCCCAGCUUACGAGCUCAAGGACACCAGCGUGCGUGUUAGACCCACACUCCCAGGCACCGGACAGGAAGGACAGGAAGGAGCCGGGGGUGUAAAUUGGGACGAGCAUCAGCAACAUCAGCUCGGGGCACGAGCAGAACGAGCCUCGCGGGGGUCAUUCCUGCAUCUGUCUUCUCCCUGACUCUGUGUCUCAUCACCUACCUAUCCUCCCUUCUGCUGGUUUACUGCUUCAGGUCCCUGAUGUUUACAGCUCGCUCAAAUACACACGUGUACACACACACUGAGAUGAAGCACUGAAGUGCAGUAUUAAAGAAGAAGUCCAUUAAGUGCAUCAAGUCUGAGGGAAACCAAAACAUCUUACCCUUAACAUGUGCUCAUGUCUGAAGAGUCUCUCUCUCUCGUUUUCACUGUCAGUCCAUAAAUCUGCUCCCUGACCGUCUCCAGAUGCAAAAAAAAAAAACGUCCUUGUUUCUUUUUCUUUGUUGCUCAUAUUGAGUGAGUCAAAUGAUUUCACUCCAGAGUCAUUAGCUGUCUACCGAAACAAAUCCCCCCAUACAGCACCGUAGGUCAAUCCAUAACCCUGUUACUACCCAGAAUUCACUUCAGACUUGCGUUUAAUAUGCUGCCAGAAUCGCCUGGGAGAGCGCGGAGAGAACGUUUGAUAUAUUCUUUGCUUUUUUUUCUUAGGCUUAUUUCCGUUACUGUUUGUUCGUCUGAGUCAUUAAAGGAAAUUAGAAAACGUAUAGUUAUUGGCAGGAUUGUUAUUCGUACUUCCCGACAGAUGAUUUGUAUUACAGAGACGUGUAUAUGAAAAUAUGCACUACAUAUAUAAAAAAAAUAUAUAUAUAUAUAGGAAAUCUAGGAUCAGGACAGUAGGUAUGUUUUAUAUAAAGUACAUAGUGGCCUGAAUUACUUCAACUGAGCGACUGUUACUUUUUCUUCCCCUCCUUUUCUCAGUUUAAUGAUGAGUUCUCCUGCCGCUCUCCGUUAUCUCUCUCUCUCUGUCUCUCUGUCUGUCUCUCCCACUCCCGAGCCCCUCGUCCCCACACCUCGCCAAGGUGAAUCCGCUCACCGUUUAUGACUAUAUGAGCCUCUAUAUCUCCGGGCCAAGGGUGUCCAAGAAAUCAGGGUCAACUCCAUCAUAAAUAUUGCCUCACCAAUUAUACGCGGAUUUGCUUUAAAGUCCAGAGUUGAUUCUCCCCGUGGACGUGGAUGACACUAGGCGUAACUCGCACUCUGAUCUUCUUCUUCUUCUUCUUC